ACUGGAGGGGAUGAGAGAGAAUAAAGGUAACGAAGUAGAAUUGGUGAAAUAAUAAAUAAAGACAAGAAAAAGCUGCCUCUUUAAACUAAAACGAAAGGAGAGAGUUAAAGAAAGAAAAAGAAAAGAAUAAAAAUGAUGAGUGACAAGAAGUAUAAAGAAGGCGGUGAGGCAUAUAGUUCAGGUAUUUCUAAAGCUUAAAGACUCUUACUAGAGCUGAUUUCUCCCUCUCUGUUUUUGUCUCAAGUUACAGUUGUUGCAUUUGAGCAUAGAAAGAAAGAGUUUAUAUAUAGGGGUGGUGUGUAUAUUUGGAGAGAAAGAGAAGAAAAAGUGUGGUUGAAAAGAAAAGGUUGAGAAACAAAGGGGGUGGUGAGGGGGGUGGUGUUUGGCCAAGUGAUGCGCUCAGGAGUUUGUGCAUUACAGCAGACCCUCACAGCUGAGGCUGCUUCAGUGUUGAAGCACUCUCUGGGGUUGGCUCGGAGGAGGGGCCAUGCACAGGUCACUCCUCUGCAUGUUGCUGCCACUUUGCUCAGCCUAAGAGGCAGUUCCUUGAGAAGGGCUUGUCUCAAGUCUCAGCCUCACCAAACUUCUCAUCCUCUUCAAUGCAGGGCUCUUGAGCUUUGCUUCAAUGUGGCUCUCAACAGGCUUCCAACAGCACCUGCUCCCUUGAUCCACACUCAGCCCUCUCUCUCCAAUGCUCUCAUUGCUGCAUUGAAGAGAGCUCAGGCUCAUCAGAGAAGGGGCUGCAUAGAGCAACAGCAACAACAGCCUCUUCUUACCAUCAAGGUUGAGCUGGAACACCUCAUAACAUCAAUCCUUGAUGACCCUAGUGUUAGCAGGGUUAUGAGAGAGGCUGGUUUCUCCAGCACUGCUGUUAAGAACAACAUAGAGGAUUCUUCACCCCAUUCUGUUUUCCAGUGUUACAAUAGCUCUGGUGGUGUGUUUUCUUCUCCUUGCUCACCCUCUUCCAGUGAGAACCACAGGGAAACUUCCACCAACCCUACCAACUUCAGGCAGACUCAUCGUUUCUUAACUUCUUAUGCUUCUGAGUUCCAUCCUUCACUUCUCUUUUCUCCGCUGAAGAGUGCACCAGCGUGUUCCUUCUCUGGUGCAGCUUCUUCUUCAAGUAAGGAUGAUAUCAAGGUUGUUCUGGAUAUUCUCCUGAGGAAGAAGAAAAAGAACACUGUGAUUGUAGGUGACUCUGUGUCAUUAACUGAGGGUCUUGUGGGAGAGCUAAUGAGAAGGGUAGAAAGGUCAGAAGUGCCUGAUGAGUUAAAGUCAAGCCAUUUUAUCAAAUUCCAGAUUUCACCUGUUUCUUUGAGUUGCAUGAAGAGAGAUGAAGUCGAAAUGAAACUCUUGGAACUAAAAAGGAAGGUGAAUUCCGUUGCAUCAGGAGAAGGGGGUGGCAUUUUUUAUAUUGGAGACCUGAAGUGGACGGUGGAGGAGGCAAGUCUCAGUGACAAAGAGGAAGGAUCCCCAGAAGGAGAAGUUUCUUGUUACAAUCCAGUUGACCAUUUGGUUUCAGAAAUUGGUAGGUUAUUCUGUGACUGUGGAACCUCAAAUAAUGCUAAGGUGUGGCUCAUGGCCACUUCUAGUUACCAAACAUACAUGAGAUGUCAAAUGAGGCAACCCCCUCUUGAGAAGCAGUGGGCUCUUCAGGCUGUUCCUGUUCCAUCAGGUGGACUUGACUUGAGUCUUCAUGCUCCCAGUGUGCCUGAAACAAAGCCCUUUGGUAAUACGGAGCAGCAGGAUAGGCUGAACUGUUGUGAAGAAUGUGCCUCAAAUUAUGAAAAAGAAGCCCAAUUUCUUAUGCCAGAUCAAAAGAAAAUGAUGCCGUUCUGGCUUCAGUCUCAUAGCACAGAAGACCAUAAUAAGGAUGAAUUAGUCAAGUUGAAAAGAAAGUGGAAUAGACUGUGCCACUGUCUCCACCAAAGCAAACAGCUUCAUAACCCAUUGAACUGGAACAACAGUUAUAAUUCGGCAAGCUCCAUAUCUUUUGCGAACAAUGCGACACAUUGCUCCACCUCCAAACUUGUUCCUCGAUUCCGGCGCCAACAAUCAUGCAUCAUUGAGUUCAAUUUCGGCGACAAAAGGAAAGCAACAGAGCGAGUCUUAGAUUCCCUGGAGGGCAUGGAAGGUAAAGAAGUAAAGACUACUCUUGCUCUUGGCAAUGGCGGUUCAGGUGAGACGGUGGGGGAUAUAACUGAUGAUAGAACACUGCAAAGAGCUCAUAUUUGUAAACUAUUGCAGGAGAAUGUGCCAUGGCAGUCUGAGACUGUUCCUUCAAUAGCAGAAGCCUUGAUCCAUUCCAAAUCAGCAAAGCAAAAUAACAGUAUUACUUGGUUACUUGUUAAAGGCAAUGACACCAUUGGGAAAAGAAGGUUGGCACUUGCAGUUGCAGAAUCAGUUUUUGGCUCAACUGAUGUGCUCCUUCAAUUUGACAUGCUAAAGAAAGAGACUUCAGUAGCCCCAUUUUCUGAAAUGCUGGCAGGAGCGCUGAAAACCCACCACCAGCUUGCGGUGCUAAUAGAAAAUGUUGACUUUGCUGAUGCCCAGUUCAAGAAAUUCCUCUCAGAUGGGUUUGAAACAGGAAAGUUUGGAAAUUCCACAGAAGAGAACUCAAGCCAAGUGAUACUGAUUUUGACAAGUGGUGGAUUCACUGGCAUUGAGGAGAAGAACGAGGAUUCGGUUAUCAAGUUGUUAUGGGAGGUUAGUGAAAGCAAGCCAAACUUAGAGACUCAAUCAGUCACAAGUAGGAUAAUAGAGCCUUGUUUGGGCAAGAAAAGAAGAGCUGAACUUGAUUUGUUUUCUGACACAAAGAGUUUUGAAGGGAGCAAGAAGAAAGUGGGUUUUAACAGUCUUGAUCUGAACAUGAAAGCUGAUGAAGAGGGUGAUGGGGAGGGUAAAGCAGCAGAAAGUAGUAGUAUUUCAAGUGAUUUGAGUAGGGAAAGUAUAGGAGAUGGAGUGGGAAAAAAGGGAUUUCUUGAGUUGAUUGAAAACCGGUUUGAGUUUAAGAAAAGUGAAGUUAAAGAGAGAGAGAUGGCAGAGUUGUUUUUGUGGAAGAUAAAAGGGUCUUUUGAGGAGGUUCGUGGGAAAAAAUGUUGGGAGAAUUUAAGUGUAGAUGAGAGGGUGAUUGAGGAAGUGUGUUUUGGGUGUGGUUAUUUUAGCGAGAAGGUGUUUGAGAAAUGGCUGAAAAAGGUAUUCCAAAGCAGCUUAAAAACAGUUAACUUUGGAGUGAAGGAGGGUAUAGUUUUUAGACUUUGUUGGGGUGGUAAAGGAGAUACAAAAGCAGAUAGUGGCUUCAUGAGUUCUUCUCUGCCCAAGAGUAUCCAACUUAAUUACUUCAUUCAGUGAUCAAUUUUGGCUACCAAGGGCUUCUUGUAAAAUCGAAUACUUUCUGUAAAACUUCAUUUUCAUAAUACCAUGCAUGCCUUUCUUUUCAUUCUCUU